GGCCGCUGCCCAUUGGGGGCCGAGCGACGGGCGCCGCGACGGGCCGUAGUCCUGGAAACGCCGCGCGCCGGCGCUACAAACUACGGACGUCGUGAGCCGCUCCUACCGGCCGAGAAGUAGGGGCUGCCCCAGCCUUGGGCAGCCCAAACAGCAGCAUGGAGAGAGACAUGGCGCCCCAGGCCUGGUCCACGGAGAUGCAGCUCGCCACCAAAACGAUGUUAAGGUCCGUUAAUAAGCAAAGGUUAGGACGAGUCAAACGGCCGCGGAAGUUGAAAGACGCCCUUGCUCUGGAGUCGUCCCCAAGAGACGUGAAGCGGGCGUCGAAGCUCGCAGGGUUGCUCGGUCUCGGCCGCCGCCGCGACCGCCACUCGCAGGUGGAACGGGCCCCGGAGAAGCCCGCGGACUUCGACGAGAAAAAGUGGCCCCUUUGUAGCCAGUCGAUCAUCGAACGGAAACGGCCGAAGGGGUCGCUGCCUCUACUCAAAGGUGCCUGCGUCGACGACGACUCUAUACUGCAGAACGUGGAUCUGGCGAAGACGACGGCGCAGCAUCGGUUAGCUCGAGCGAUUAAGCGGGACGUCGCUCGCCACGCGUCGGCGAUCGAUCUCGCAUUGCAGCAGCGGAAGGAAUUGCGCUUCGCGAAGGUCGAGGAGCAAAGUGCGCAAAAAGUCCAGUCGUUGCUGGGGUACGAUGAAUUACCAUCGAUCGGUUCCGUGGAGAAGACACUAGAUAAAUCGCGGGAAUCAAUAGCUCAGAAGGCCAAAGCCGCGGCGAUAGCGUUGGAGGAAGAAGCGACGCAAGCCCGAAGUCCCGUCAAAUCGAAAAUCCAGCCGCCGCCGCCGCCCUCGUCCAAGAAGAAGCGGCGACAACGCUUUCCGAAAAACGCCGAAGAGUGCUAUGGGCGGGACCAGGCCGCGCCCUUGCGGACGCCUCGCAAUGAACGGUCUCCGAGGCCCGUCUGGAUCACUUUAGAUGAGCUCGUGUCGUCAGAAGCGAUCCACCGGACGUACCGCGACGAGGGCGAGAGAGAGAGGCGGUACGCGCUCCAGGCGCAGAAACAGCACGAGGCCGAAGUAGCGGCGAAGGAAGCGGGCGCUCCCGCGCCGCGCAAGGAGGUGUUUGUGAGGCAUCCUGUUUUUAGCAAGGUUGUGGGUGUCGCGACGCGGGAGGUCGCGCGCGCGACGACGCACGCGCGCAAUUUAAGGGGCGGCGCCCAUUAUGAUGAUAUGCUCAAGGGCUUCGCGUUACUCACAAAAAAGCUGCGGAAGCAUUUGACCUUUGACCAAGGCUUCUACAAUCUCACGGCGCAGGGCGGAGAAGCGGCGGAACAGGCGAAGAGGGACGUAUUGGCCGUCCGGAAUACGGAAGGCUUCGAUCCCUUGCGGUGCGCUCCUGUCGUGUUGAAUCCCGAGCCGGCGCCAUUACUACCAGAGGUCGAAGCGCUCUGGAGCGGACUACUACCGAUCGGUCGGGUCGAGGUGUCGCGGAGGCGGCGGAAACUGGAGCGGGGCUGGACGCCGUGGACGUGGCGGUUCUUAGUCUAUGAUCUUCAGAGUGGUCAAAUCCGUCGAUUGACCUGCGCGGAGGCUUGCUGUGUAGAUGCUGCCGCGAAGCUCGUCGAGUGGAGAGACGAGGCGGCGCAUUUCGCGAGAGAUGCCGAAGCGUCCACGAAAAGGGCUUGUGAUGAAGAAGAACAUGAGAAGAAGCUCUUCGCGCUCCCGAACGACCCGGAACCUUUAGAACUGUUCGAGGUCGCGGCGGGCCCGGGCUUUGCGGCGCGACGAGACAAGUCGAGGGAGGUCCAUCGGCGGGCGGCCGUCGAGGGGGCGCGAGCUGCGGGUUCACUUGAAAGGGCAGCACCGUUGGCGCCGGCGGCCGCGGCCUGCGCGUCUCUGUUGGAGAUGGAGACGCGUUUGCAUGGAGCGGACGACUUCGUGGCGCUUGCUAGACGGGCGUAUCGCGACGCUGCUGCUAUGAGUGGUGGAGCCGUCACCUCGCACCAUCUGGUCGAGGCGCUCUCCCAAAACAACGCGGAACUCGCAAGGGAGCUCAACUUUCCCGCGGAGGCGUUUUUGUCGGACGAGGAACGUAACAAACUCUUCGGGGCGAAAGCAGCUUCUGAUGCGCCGCCGGCGCACCUACAAGCCGCGGCGCUCUUCGCGGGGUUACGGGGCGUGGUCCCGCGGCCGCGGAGCGCGCGCGUUCCGAGGAGAGGCGCCGAUCGGUCGCUGCCCGACCAGCGCGACGACUUCAUUGUACAGAGACCAUCGCAUAAACUCGCUCUACGAUUAUACGCGGGCAAGGGCGGCGACGAGGCGCUUUCCUGGCGGCAGCUGCCGCGGCUGCAUUUACAUCCAGACACGCCGCGCGACGAGGAAGGGAGGCGGCGCGACGCGCGCUUCCGGAGGAACGCCAACAUGUCUCUGAGCGACUUCGAGGGUGAUGCGGGCCACCCGCUCGCGGCGCACCCGCGGUUGGUGAAAGAUAGGGCGUACGCGCGCGCGGCCGUCGACGCCGCGACGGCGCAGCUCGCGGCCGACGCCGCGAUCAAACGCGUGGCGGCGCGCGACCGCUUCCGCCGCGCGGCGCGCGCGGAGAUCCGCGCGGCCCGCGCGGCGAAAGCUCCGGCCCUGAGCGCGGUCGUCGCGGCACCAGCGCCCGCCGCGGCGCCCGCCGGGGCGCCCGCGCCGGCGCCGGCCCCGGCGCCCGCGCCCGCGCCCGCGGCGCCCGCGGCCGCGGCCGACGACGCGUGGUCGCCGCCCGCGUCGCCGCUCGGCGACGACGGCGACGACGCAUCACUGGAUGCGUCCCAGAAUGAUGAAGACGACCGGUCGCUCGCGACGGCGGCGACGGCGCCGCAGGAGCCACCGAAUGAAUGGUUAGACGAGCGGUCCCCGCCCAAGAAACCUACUUACGCGCCCGGGACGCGGCCACCUUUACGGGAAACCGAGCCGCCGUGCCUGACGCAACCCCAUUCAUCAUUCCAGCCGGACUUCCCCCAGAAGCUGCUCACGGCCCGCAUCCCGAGGGAGGAGGCCGGCGGUGUACCAAGGAGCGACUGCAACUCUUCCCGAAUCAUAGCGGAGAAGUCCUGGCUGCGCUGGAUUAUACAGAGAGAACGUCGUGUACGAUCACAAUGCCUCGACCAAUGUCGAUUGGUGUUAGGACGAGGUUUAUGGUCCAAAGCAAAGUGGCAGGUCGGGAAUGACUGCGACGCCGGGCGAGAUGGCCACAAGACGGCGUUAGAACCGGCCUACUUGGGUAUUGAGGGAAGAGGAAGUUUGGAUGCGGAUGGUUGUGAAGGCGACGGCGGUGCGGGCUGGGAGGAUGCACUAGAUCCGUGGGGGUUGGAUCCGUUGUCGGUGCGCGUCUGCGAGAUGGCCGGCGACGCGCGAGGGCGCCUGCCCGGUGUCGUGCUGGUGGGCGUGGCGCCUAAACCAGCGAACCCCGGCGCCAAAGUAUCCUUUGAAACAGGACAGUGGGUCGGCGAGCGCGGCGACGCGUCGGACGUCGAUCGCAUUUUGAGAUUGAGAACGAGAGCCGCGGGCCUCUUCCAGCAGUCUGAAGCUUGUAGUUCCACCGGUUCGAUCACCGUGAGCAUUGUCUUAGCGUUAGAGGAUGCUGUCUUAGCGCCCUCGAUGCGCGCGUGGCCACUAGAAGCACUUGUUGGUGAAAGCAAGCUACUAAACGAAGACUUCGGCAUCGGCGUGCCGAUAAUCGUGGCCAUCGUCGUGAAAGAUGGCGCUUAUAAAUUCGUCGAUUUUGCGGAAAUGGAGCGCCUCGCGCGAGCGACGACGGCCUCCAUACUAGCGAAAAGGAAGCCCGCGCCGGGUCGUCUCGCUGAUGGUCACAGGACGCAGUGUCGAGCGCCCAUGGUUCUCAAAUCAAAAUCGAAGACCUCGCCACUCAUUUACGGCACGGACAAGGUCGUCCUAGAGGACCCCGGCUGCGCGGAACGGUGCGUCGCGCACUCGUCCCAGAGGUGUGUGGAAGAAUUAAUAAGGAGACGGGACCCGUUGGACUAUGCCUAUGUGGCAGCUUCGACCAUGUUGCGACCGACGGGUUGCGGUGCUGCCGUGUUGGAGGUCGAAGAUCGGCUGCCGGGCGAACCGGGUCCCGAGCUCGUCUUGCCGCCGACGGAUUUACUCGAAGCUCGUUCGGCAAAACGGUACAACGAGUGCCAGAUCAUCGGGGCGCCGUCGAAAGCGUACGACGAGGACAACUAUGCGGUCGGUCGCUUGCGGCGGCGGCCUCGAACGUUGUACGACGACGAACGGUUUGCAAUAGAGGAGAAACGUAGAUUAGCUGCUAAUAGAGCCGCGGUGCGCGCACGCCUCGCGGAAGUGGUCCACGGCAACGCCUUCUUCUCCAUGCGCCAGAAGCUGACGAAAAGAAAAUUGAGGGCGAAGGCCUUACGACUCGCCGCGAAGCACGCCGUGGGCGGCCGGGGCACGGGCGAUUCCGACGCCAUCUGGCAGAAGCGUUUACAGUCAUCAGAUGUUGUUGAAGUGGUUGGGGAUUGGGAGAAGCGGCGGCACUCGAUCACAGGUGAUUGUUUCUAUCACAACACGGACCAGCUCGCCGAGCCGCCGCGACUGCGGUGGGACGCGCCGCGGGACGUCUGGACGCUCGAGGGUGAUCUUGUGGAGGAGGAGAAUGAAGCGCCGGCACCCAUACUCGAGACUAGUAAUAGUAGGAGGAGCGUCCGCUUUUUAGAUGAUGGAAGCGUGGCGCCCGAUUUAAACCCGGGCGAUGAGAUGGAUACGCCGGAAGAAGCCUACCAGCGAGGCGUCGGUAGUGAAUUAAUCGAGGACGAAGCGCUGAUCCGGGACCUCGCCGAGAAGUUAGGUUCUCAACACCACGCCGACCGAGACGAGAGGCAGAAAGGUAGUGAUGAUUUAGAUGACGGCCGUGGUGUAGUAGAUGAAGACACGCCGUGGCAGCGAAGUGCACCCGCAGAUUUGAGGGAGACCGAGUGGUGGUCCGACUCGUCAGAAGAGGCCGGCGACGACGAGGACUGGCUCGAGAAGCUCGAGGGGCGGGACCUGCCCCAGGAUUCGCGAGAUGCGAAGGACAUGCGGACGAUGGCCGUCGAGACUGAUUUGCGACUGGACGCGUCGCCUCAUCACGCGUAUCAGGAUACCCAGCCAGUGCAUGGCGUCGGGGAGUUAGGCUGGUCGCCACCGCCACCGGUCUACGGUCACCAGCUCUGGCGGCGGUUGGAGUACCACUUGCGGGGCCGUUACUGGAAAGUACUACCUCGAGUGGUACCUAGAAUAGACUUUCUAGAAAGAAUCAGAACAGCUGUAACAUUAGCGUCGGAUGCCCGGUGCUGGGCCAACUCACUCACUACCAAUAGUUACCCUAGGAUCUACCUGAGAGGUCUAGAGCGACAUACACCGAACGAACGGUCCUGGGGCGAGAACCGGACGGACUGGCGCAAACCGUCGGACCGACACAGAGUCCUCCCGGUCAUCUUCGUGGAAGACGUCAUGGACGACCUCGAGGGCAUCCUAGGUAAAAAGAGAAGAAGGAAUGAGCGCGAGGGCGGCUACGCGGCACCGCUACAGAUCGUCGAGUGCCUCGAACGGGGUCCUCGAGCCUUCACGACGGUCGAAGAAAAGGUCCAAGAGGACGAGCACGCGGCCCUGCUCAAGCUGCAAAGCCUGGACGUGGCCGAAGAUAAAUUACGCGAGAGAGCCAUUUUUGCGGCAAGAACCGCAAAUCUCGCGGAGUUGGAGGAGUGCCUCGACACCUUCGGCCUAGAUAUCGAGAGCAGGGACAACCAGGGCAACACGCUCUUCUGUUUGGUGGUCCAACAGAACGAAAAGACGGUGGCCAAAUACUUGUUGAGGAGGGGCAGCGACAUCAACGCCACGAACUUCAAGGGCAACGGGCCGCUGCACUUCGCCUUCGGCUACGGCUACGACGACUUGGGCGAGUAUUUGUUGAGCAAGGGCGCGGACGCGUCGCUAAUAAACGAGGCGGGGCACACGUGCUACGAGUUCAACAAGAUGGACCGCUAG